GACAAGUGGAUGGGGAUGUGGAGGGCAAUUGAGAAAGGGGAGACUGGCAAAGAGUGGGGGCAGGAAGUGGGGCUGGGCAGCCCCGUGCAUAGUGGGGCUCUCAUGAGGGGGUGUGUGGUACCCGAGGGAGGCACAGGGUGGGAGCAGUGUCUGUGCAUCACCCUGGGCUCGGGUGCUGUGUUCCCCUGCUGUGUUGCCUUUGCAAACCCUCCAAACUGCCUCUCUGCUCCAAGGAACCGUCCGGAGGGCAAAGUGCUGGAGACUGUGGGGGUGUUUGAGGCCCCGAAGCAACAUGGCAAAUAUGAGACUGGUCAGCUCUUCCUGCACAGUGUGUUUGGCUAUCGAGGAAUAGUCCUGUUUCCCUGGCAAGCCAGGCUUUAUGAUCGGGAUGUGGCUUCUCCUGUCACAGAAAAGAACGAGAAUGUGGCAGGCCAUGGGUCCAAAGAGGUCAAGGGCAAAACACACACUUACUACCAGGUGUUAAUAGAUGCCCGGGAUUGUCCACAUAUAUCCCAGAGAUCACAGACGGAAGCAGUGACGUUCCUGGCAAAUCACGACGACAGCAGAGCCCUCUAUGCCAUCCCAGGUUUAGACUACGUAAGCCAUGAAGAUAUCCUUCCCUACAGCUCCACUGAUCAAGUGCCCAUCCAGCAUGAGCUCUUUGAGAGGUUCCUCAUGUACGACCAAACAAAAGUCCCACCUUUUGUAGCAAGGGAUACUCUAUGUGCAUGGCAGGAGAAGAACCACCCCUGGCUGGAGCUCUCUGAUGUGCACCGAGAAACCACGGAGAACAUCCGCGUCACAGUCAUCCCUUUCUACAUGGGCAUGAGGGAAGCCCAGAAUUCCCAUGUCUACUGGUGGCGCUACUGUAUUCGCUUGGAGAACCUUGACAGUGAAGUGGUUCAGCUCCGAGAGAGGCACUGGAGGAUAUUUAGCUUGUCUGGCACCUUGGAAACGGUCCGGGGCCGUGGCGUUGUAGGAAGGGAGCCAGUUCUGUCCAAAGAACAGCCAGCAUUUCAGUACAGCAGUCACGUCUCCCUGCAGGCUUCCAGUGGUCACAUGUGGGGUACUUUUCGAUUUGAGAGGCCUGAUGGCUCCCACUUUGAUGUCCGAAUUCCACCCUUUUCUCUGGAAAGUAACAAAGACGAGAAGACCCCUCCCUCCGGCCUUCACUGGUAGAUCAGAGCGAGUGCUGAGACCCACAGAGGCCUGUGUGUGUUGUAGACCUUUGCCUCCCCAUUUAUGCUGCAGCCAAGAACACGAAGCUUUUAAACAUUUUAAACCAUUUUUGUUUUAACUGUUGUCUGAUGGGGAGGCUUUUUGGAACUUUAAUACUGGCUCUCUCAGGCUGCUUGUAAAACGUAAGCUGUGUUACAGGUAACCCUUCCCUUUGUGGCACCUGCUGGGGUUGGAGCUGGGGGAUGUAGAUGGUGCUGCUGCAGAAGAACUGGCCCCCCUCGGCAGGCCUGGACCCUUUCCAAUGUGUUGUGACUUCUCUGCAAUGUGAGGUUUCUCUAAUAAACUGGCCCUUCCAGUUGCAA